GAAACGGUAAGGGCACAGGAAGGGGUUGGCUCAAGAUCUCGGAGCUGUGCGUGGCCAGCAACGGCGGACGAAUCCGGAGGAAUAGAUUCGGGGUGGGGAAAAGAAAGAACAAAAGGAGAGAGGCGGCCCGCCGAUCCUGGAUCCGCUCGUGCGUUCAGUUAUGUAUGUUCUAAUUAACUCCCCUGAGUAACUUUGCCUUCGAAAGUGCGUCGCGAAAGCAGUUGCAGAGUCGCGCCCCUUGAGAUUUAGGCCUGCCCAGCCCUGGAUGGUCUGGGCUGGGGGUAGGCACUGAUCGCAGCUUUUACUGGGAGCACGACCGGAGUGAAGACUGCCGCAGUUCGGAAUCGUUGUCUUUCCUAGGGCGCUGCAGCCAUUAACUCUUCAGCACCCACAGAAAUCCCUUUGUUCGAGCAGGUUAAAGAUGAUGAGAGAAGAGGAGAACCUGGUGAAAGAGGAGGAAAUACUGUCAGAGGAGGAGGAGGAGAACUUGGUAAAAGAGGAGGAAAUAUUCCCAGUUAAAGAUGAUGAGAAGAACCUGGUGAAAGAAGAGAAAAUAUUUCAGGAAGAAGAAGAGGAGAAUCUGGUGAAAAUAGAGGUGAUUCUCCCAGAGGAAGAAGAGAACUUAGUAAAAGAGGAAGAACUUCUUCCAGAAGAAAGUUCCCUUCUGGAAGAAUAUGAAAUCAAUGUUUUUCAGAUUCAAGGGGAUGAAGAACCCUGUGACAGCGAACUUGGUCCUGAGAUCCCAGGUUACAUCCCAAAAAAGAGACAUUGUAAAACUGUGCCACGCGGGGGAACUGUUGUGGAACCCAACCAAGCCACAGCUCGGAAGGGAGGAAGAAUCUACAAGUGCCCUGACUGCGGAAAAAUCUUUAAACGGUGCUCACCUCUUAUCAGACACCGAAGAACCCAUACUGGAGAAAAACCUUAUGUUUGCCGCGAAUGCUUGAAACGGUUCAGUGACAGCUCAGCCCUUGUGAAACACCAGAGGAUCCACGCAGGAGAGAAACCUUACACGUGUCCUGAGUGCGGCAAGAGCUUUUCCCAAAGCUCGACCUUGAUCGCUCAUCAGAGAAUACACACUGGAGAGAAACCAUACAAGUGCCCUGACUGUGGGAAGAGUUUUAGCGUGAGCUCUAAUCUUGUUGCUCACCAAAGAAUUCACACUGGAGAAAAGCCUUUUGGGUGUCCUGUCUGCUUAAAAGGUUUUCUGGUCAGCUCCCAUCUCAUCAGACACUUGAGAAUACAUACCGCCGAGAAACCUUACAUCUGCAGAGAAUGUGGUGAAUGCUUUACUCAAAGCUCUCACCUUGUUGUUCAUAAGAGAAUCCACACAGGAGAAAAACCCUAUCUGUGUUCCGAGUGUGGGAAGAAUUACCGCGGGAUCUCCGAUCUGAUCCAGCAUCAAAGGAUUCACACAGGAGAGAAGCCCUACAAAUGCUCAGAGUGUGGCAAAUGCUUCAGCCAAAGCUCCUGUCUCAAGAAGCAUCAGCGAAUCCACACAGGCGAGAAACCUUACAUGUGCCUCAGGUGCGGGAAGAGAUUUAACCGGAAUUCACAUCUGACUAGGCAUCAGAAAACCCACAUGGGGUGAUUUCUAAAGAAUAGUUGUCUGGAAAUUCCUCUCUAUCACAGCCACUGAAGAAGUAAAGAUGGCUGUCUCAAACAUUGAUCCAUUCCCCAUCUCCUGAAGCAUCAUUUGUCCAAUCCUCUGAACUCAAAUUGCAGGAGCGUAAAAAGAUUUUGGAUAUGUUACCAGGAUGCCUUUACGUUUUCUUCUCUGGCUCUGGUUAAGAUCUCCUUUACAGAUACCCCCCUCUCCAUCCAAGAUUCUAACAGGAUGUUAGAAUCUUCCCUGGAUAAUCCAUACCUUUCCUUGUUAUGAUUUUGAAAAUGACAUCCCAUUUCAGAUAGGAUUUUGAGAAUCUCCUAACCUUCAAGUACACCUCAGGUUUCCACAGUGAAAGAACUGGAAGCUGUGAAAGGUUGUGUUGAUGGCAGAGGAGGGGAACAAAGACCAUAGUCAAUCAGCACUCACAUCAAACUCUGUGAUGAUGCCAACCUCUUCCCUUUUAUUUUUAAUGCAGUAGCACAUGAAAAUAGCAUAUAUCACAUGAAAUUUACACAUAUCGUCCAUUGGACUGCUUUAUGGUUCCAUGCUGCCACUGUCUAAAGCCAAUAGAAAACCGCAUGUGAGAAAAAUCUGCUUUACUUUGUCCAUUGUGGGGUUUGUCACAAGGCAGAGAAGGGGCCAGGAUUUAGCAUACCUCCUUGCCUCUGUCCCACCCACCCCCUUUCUUUUUUUAAUAGUAGACUAUAGAAACUUCACUGCUUGGAAUCUGAGUUAUAAGCUUGAUCACUCUAUGCUAUUGUGACUCUUCAUUAUGGAUGUUCCCAAAGCUGGCAGGUGGGAUAAAAUACUUGUUGAGAGCACAUUCUUGUAUGCAGCCAUCCUGGAUUUAAUCCCUUGCUUUUCCAGUUUAAAGCAUCUUGGGUAACAUGAGUGAGAAAGAUUGUUGCUAUAGAGCAGUACUGCUAAUCAGAAUAAAAGUACUGGGUAAAGCAGCUGAAUGAUCUGGUAUAAACUCCAGUUCUUGGCAUCUGUCUCCACGGAUGUCCCGUUGUACCCUAAGAAGCAAGAAAAGCAGAUGGCCCUCCUUGGUAUUUGUGAAGAGCAGUCUGGGAUCUUAUGCAGCUUGGUCACUGCCAUGCAUUUGUAGUGACAAUAUCAGAGGUUUAAAUUAUCAGCGGUUAUUUUCCUAAUUUUUUUUUUUUUUACUUUUAGUGGAGUUUAUUGAAAAUUUUGGAGUAGAUUUCUCUGUUUCUCAAGUGACAAUAGGAUAGUGGCUAAAAGACUGAACUAUGCAUCGGAAAGACUUUGGUUUUAGUCUCACCACUGAUGUUCUUGCUUGGUGGCCUUCGGCAAGUAUUUCCUUGGCGUAAGUCUGCCCUGUGAAAUUUGGAGUGUGGGGAUAAUAGCCCUGACCUAGCUUAUCAAGCUGUUGUAAGGGCUAUACAGCUUGAACAGUCUAAAGGUGCUCCAUAAGUGCACUGUUCUUGUGUUUCUCCUUGGGUCUGGGAUAAUUUUAAGAGCCCUUGAUGGGAAAAUGCAAGUGAGUUCUACUAAUAUUCCUGUGUGUGUAUUGCCCUAUUUAGAAAGGUCUUUCCACACAUAAAGAUACCCAUAAAUCAGGGUUUCUCAACCUCAGCAACUUGAAGCUGUGUGGACUUCAACUCCCAGAAUUCCCCAGCCCCUAGAUGAUUAGAACCAGGUAACGCAGCCUUCCACAUAUUGGAGAGAGAACUUUGGCAACAGAGAAUCUUCUGUUUUCAGUUCUUUUCCUGAAAGAAGCCGACUGGAAUAAGAGAGGGCUUCCCACUAUGGAAAUCUUCCUUUGGUACUUAUAAAAGUAUGCUGAGAGAGGAGUGAGGAGCCAGGAAAAGGGAUGUAGGUUUGAUUGGGGCUUGUCCCUAAUCUCCUCUUUAUGUGAGGAAAAUCACAGGGAAGGAGGAAAAAGCUUCAGAAUAGUAUCUGAAUCUGUGCUGAAGAUGAGCAGGAGAAGUUCUUGCCUUCCCCCGAGGCAACUGUGAAUGCUUCACGAUGGAGAAUAGAGCAGAACAAAUGGAAUUCCUGGUCAAGGAAAACUGGAGAGGACUGGAAGUAGAGAAGCUGACCCUAGUCUCAGCUGAAGAGUAGAUGGAAGGCUGAGAGAUGCCUUCAAGCUCUUUUUCUAUGGAACAAGGAGAAAAAAAGACUGAUGCCUUAAUUUGCAUGGCUGCAGAAUAUCUAACUUAGUAUUGGAAUGUUUCUCUCCAUUGCCCUUUCAAGACCUGUUCCGUUUUAUAUCAGAACAACCUCCGUCCCAUUAUGGUUAAGAUAGACUCUCCUGCUUGUUCUUUGCAAAAGAGUACCUGAUAGUUUUCUACUCCUGGUCUAGAGAACUGUGUUGUGGCUUUUGUUUUCUUUGGUUCUUGAACACCAAAAUAAGAUGGUGUGUUACACUUCUAAAAUACACACAUGCCAUAUGCUUACUGGUGAUUUGUACUGUGCAGUGCGUGCCCAUCCAUGCUUCCUCAGAAUAAGUUCAUUGUAUUUGCAGAGGCUUUCUCUAAGGUAUGUGUAUAUGGGAAGGCAGGCUACAGUAUUUCAAACGUAACAAAUAGAAUGGUUUUAGAUUUAAAAAAUAGUUGAGGCUUCCAAAUCCUAUAUUUGUACUUCUGAUGUAUUGCAGAAAAUGUUCCAUAGUAUAAAGAGUUAGUUUUUUUUAAAAAAAAAUUGAAAGAGGGAAAUCAUCUUAGUCUUGUUUGCACUGCAUUAAUUAGGUUGAUGUUGACAAGGAAAGGAAAAAUGGAGGGUGCAUCAUGUAAUAGUAACAUAAAAUAGUAUGUAUUUAAUCUCUUGAGUAAAUUGUACCAGGAAUGGGCAAGGGACAUAGUGAACUGUAUGAAAUAUGUGUUGUAUGGGUCAGGGUUCAAGCCAUCUUCCUGUUGUCUUGUAUUUCCUGCAACACAAUCUUGAGUCUCAUUCUUUGGACACUCCAAUUCCCAACUUUCUCCAAAAUGAAGUAUGCCUUUAAUGACUAAUUCAAGCACUGGUUAGAAGAAUGCUGUAAAAGCUUCGUAAGGUGGAUUUUGUAUUUAAUGAUCAUUCAAGCACUUGAAAUAACUAGUCAAGCACAGUGUUGGAAAGAUUCACUUCAGAUACUGUAUUAUCUAUUUUUGCAUUGUUUGCCACCUCUGCAGAAUAACUAGAGGAUCCAAAAGGGUAUGUAAAUUUAAAUGGAGGCCUAUGUGGUAAAUGUACAUAGCAAAUUUCAUUAUCAUUUCUGUACUAUAUAAGAAAAGUUAUCACACUGUGCUGUACUUUAUCCUGGCUUAAAGCUGAGCAAAGAAAUCAAGCUAAGGUUUGAAAUUUACACAUGCACAACAAUGCUUUAAUUCUGGUAUCAGUUUUGACCAAAAGUAUCAAAGGACAGGAUAUCUUAUUUUUCCUUCCUUCUCUUUUGAAAAUAGAUGGAGGAUGGAAUGCCCACUUAGCAUUAAAACUGGAUAUACAGUGUAGUAGACCGAAUGGCUGGGUCCAUACAACAUGCUAGACUAGGCUACAGUAGUUGAGGGGAAAUCAUGAUUCAGCAUCUUGUGGAAAUCCAGACAUAGUCUUAACAUCCUAUGAACCACAUCACCACUUUAAACAAUUUGUUUUUUUUAAAGAAACUUGUUGGGCAUAGCUUGUUAUGUGAACACAACAACUGUAUUUUUAACCCAGUUUUAAAGUACUCCAUCAAGCCAUUGUAUAUACCAGAUUUCAUUCUGAUAGCUCGUUGAUCAAGAUAAUUCAUCUACCCCAAACUGCUUAAUUGAGGUGUGUUAUAAAAUGUUUAAAUAAAUAAAAAAUUGAUACAAACUAGCAGAAUGCCAAA